GGUAAAGUUUGUAGCGUAGAGGCAUCCUGUUCACUUUUGUGUUGUCAGCCUUAUCUCAAUCUAGUUGAGGUGCAGGGACGUAAGGCGGUUUUGAUUUGCAAGUGGGCCAGAUCUGUCUGAUACACUGCUCUCAGAAUGCAUCCGUUCACCACUGUAGCUGUGUUGGUCCUUGGUUGCUUUGUAGUCCUGGGCAACUGUGCCCCGAGCUUGAAUUCAAAGAGAACGAAUGCGGUUUGUCGAGUUGAAGAACGAUUACUGCAACAAAUGAGACACAAGGUCCACGUGUUGUCUAGAGAUGCUCAAAGGCAGGACGAGGACACGGACAACAGGCUGGUGGGAAAGGAACUAUUCCGAGGGCUAGAGGAAUCUGGCAGCUGCUACGUGCUCAGAGAGGUGAUUGACUUCUAUCUUAUAACAGUUCUGAACUCCGAAGAAUUGCAGACCAAGUACCCGCACCUGGACGAGGUGAAGGAGUUUCUCACCGUCCUGAUGAAACGGCACAUGUCUGAUUGCGAUACAGAAGAGAAAACGAAAGCCAACGAAAAGAUUGACGGACUGAAGCAGAAAGUGGACCAGCUGGGCGAGGCGAGUAAGGCCAAGGUUGUGGGAGAACUUUUCAUCCUCCUUCAGGAGAUAGGGAGCCGCUGCUCAACUGCUGAAAGAUAACCUGGUGACGAGGGGAAACCAGGAAUCGAUGGAUGAGGAAAGAGCUCAAGACACAAGGACAAUGUGAUAGUUUCUCAAGAACACGUUUUGUUAACUUAACAAAUGAAAUAUAUUUA